AUGACAACGAGACUCAGAAACGCCAAUCCCUGCGAUGGAUGCGCACUCAGACGCGUGAAAUGUGAAGAAGGAAAACCCUGCCAUGAGUGUCGCGUUAGAGGCAUCGAGUGCACGGCCUUGAGGACCCGGAAGAAGCGUGGGCCCAAGAAUGGAGUGAGAAGCAGUACCAAAGAGAGAAUCGAGAAGUUCCAACAGAGUAUCAAAGACAAUGAACCUACAGCAUCUCAGACAGAUGUACCAACUCGGUCCGAACCUUCCAGCUUCUUGCCCAGGCCGCCUUACCGCAUACCGCUCUAUGAAUAUCAACGGUUCCUCGAGAUCUCCAAAGGGCCUGUAUCUUCCAUUUGGAUGGUUGUUAACCCCGAUGAGAUUUUAGCCAAGAUAACUGAAAAUGCCGACGAUCACGAAUCUCACGCUCUAGCAGCCUCGUUAUGUGCCGCCACCAUAGCUCAGCUGCGACUCCCAGAACACUCUGGACCACGAAACACAACAUCAUCUCUUCAGUUCGCCACGGAGUGUCUUCAACUCCGAGAACUCUAUGACCAUCGCGAAAGCUUCAGUCUUUCAUCGGCGUUAAUACCCUUCUUUCUUCAUGUUUACCACUCCAACGGCAAUAAGCUACGCACCGCUGGCAUUUUCCUGAGAGAAUCAGUUACGCAGGUCCAGCUUAUGCAACUCGGAAAUCCAGAAACAUAUGCCGAUCUGAGCAGGCACGAGCAAUCUCUUCGACUACAUGUAUACUGGCUUAUUCUCAUCACGGAGAGGACAUACUCUGCGCAGCAUGGUCUACAAGCAGUUCUCCAAGUCAUCGACGUUUUUCCCGACACACAGGACGAUAUGACUGAUGAGCGUCGAAUGCAAGCUUUCGUUUCCUUGACGAGGCUAUUCGCUUAUCUUGAGGGCAACUUGACAACAAUCUCUUCUAAGCAGCAGCCACUGGAAAGACAAAAGCUUGUUUCCUACCAAGCCGCAUUAUGUCUUGACUCGCACGAUCACGCUGCCCGCGAAGCCCAGAGAGUUGAUCUUUUCGUUACCCGGCAAUGGAUCAGACUUAUUCUUUGGGAGUACACGGCACGCCACUUUGCAAUGUCCUGUUACCCUGACGACGAAGCCUUUUCCCUAUUUCUCCCUGUCAAAAUCGGCCACAAGAUGCUUUCCCUCUUUUCAAUGGUGACGAAUGCGGCUAUUAAAACACACGGAUACGGGAUAGAACUCAAAGUAUUCAGACUAGCAGAUGCUAUGCUCGACAUCGUUGCAUGCACCCCCUUCUCUGCCCAUAGCAACGGUAUGCUUGUUGGUGCAGGAGAUAUCCUGAACUCUUUGCAGCAUGUUUUGCAGUCUGUUGGAGGGCCUGAGUCUGGUUUUCUGCAAAAGAUACAAACUCGCAUGUCACAGCUGGAAUUGAAUACUGGAUCAUGGCCAUAUCUUGCUAUUCCAGAAGCAGAAUGUACCGUAGAGGAGAUAGAAAAUGAUAAUGACUGA